AUGACUCACGAACACAGCUCCCUAUGGUGGCCUGAGGAGCGCAUUAAAUCAACCCUCGACACAAAAUAUAUCCUCAGUCGUCUGCGACCAGAGAAUAUCCCACGUCUCUUCGAAUUACCAGAUUGGGGCGAAGGAUUGACCAGUGGGACUUACAUGGAAUGGAUCCUCACCAAAGCCGGCCGUGUCUUUAUGAUCCUCGAUGCUAUCGGUAUACCCGAUCGGAUCUUCGCGCUAGUAGAUGAAUCAUGCGACGACGAUGAUCUACCCGUCGCUCAACAUAGUGUCGAUUUACUCCACUUAUCUCCCGACGGAGAAGAUCUCGCCCUCGAGACGAGUUUCUUUCAUGCGCAGUGGCGCUUCCUGGUUCGUGGGAUAGCGGAGGGAGAACAUGUCGUCUAUACCGAGAAUGAGGGUGUUCCUGUCGAAGCGGUGCGCACAAACACUAGUGGAAUACACGGGCGUGAUGAUACGGUCGACAGGGUUGUCCUCGCCGGCUCGGUCUGUCGAGUCUAUAUGCGGACUCAAGUGCAAGUCGGCGGCGCACCGUAUUUCUUCUCGGCGGACGAGGUUAUCGCUGAGAUCCGCAAUCUAAAAAGACUGUCACACGAGCAUAUCGUCUCCGUCUACGCCUCGUAUCUGAAAGAUGACAGUGUCUCGGUGCUGUUCACCGGCGCAACCGCAGAUCGAAACCUACAGAGCUUCUUGACAGACGCGCCGGUGUCCUUCAAACGACUAGAAAAAGAACAACGUCGCCAGAUCUUGAUCACCUGGCCACACUGUCUGGCAUCUGCAGUCUGCUGGCUUCAUGCACGAGGUCACUCCCACGGCGCAAUCCGUCCAUCCAACAUCUUCAUCGACGCAAACUUCCACAUCUGUCUCGGUCAAUUCGAAGCACUCGACUCCCUCCUAACUCCACCACAUGUCAAUGACCUCGAAGCAUACAAUUACUCUGCACCAGAGCGCUGGACUCGUCCCACAGCUCCGGUCCAGCAAAACCAACCACAACCUACACAAACCCUCCUCCCCUCGGGAGGACGUACAAAGCGCAGACAACGACCAACCCGUCUACCUUUAUCCCCCUUGAACGAAAUCGGACCUGCAUCUGCAGACACAAGACCAAACUCAGCCUCCUCAAAACGAACAGUCAUCCGCAUCGGCCUACCAAACUCCCCAUCCCAUUUCUCCCUCGCCUUCUCAUACUCCUCUUCGUCCUCAGGUGCAUCCUCAGCAGCAUCUUCAAUCUACACAGACGCAACAGCAACAUCCCCCCAACCAAAGAGACACCGCCUCACAUCCUUCUGGUCCAGAACCACCAAAAAUCUAAGACCCCCAUCAAUAAUGUCAACCUCCACAUCCUCCUCGUCAACAACACAAUCCUCAAACCCACAAACAUCCCCAACCUCCCUACCACAACCGCUCCGCCCCUCAAAAUCAACCCAAUCCCUAACGCCAUCCAUCACAACAAUAAUCCCCCCCCAUCCAUCCUCCGCCCCCUCUUCAUCUAUACCAGACCCCAACGCCCCAGCAGACAUAUUCUCCCUCGCAGCAACAACCCUCGACAUUUUAACAACCCUGCACAAAAGAACCCUCACGUCCUUCGCGACGCACCGCAGCGCCCGAAACAGAUCUGCCGGACGCGGCGGCGGGAUAGCAGAUGCGUCAUUCCAUCUUGCGCGAAAUGCAGUACAGGUUCAAUCGUGGAUUGCAUUGUUAGAGGGUGAUGCGUUGAAACGGUGUCGACGGGAUAGGCGGUCUGAUCGGGUUUUUUGGGCUGUGCCGAGGAUGUUGGUUGUAGUUAGGUCUAUGCUUGAUCUUGAAGGGGGGAAGAGACCGCUUGCGAAACGGGUUAGGAGGGGGUUUGCGGGUGCUGUUGAGACGGGGGGUGGGGGGAGGAAGAUGGAGGGAAUUUUGCACUGUGGGAAAUGGAAGGGCAAGGAGGGGAAGAAGGAGGAUCGGGGUGGAGAUGGGGAUGGUAGGUUAGAGGAUAUUCGGGAGAUGGGGGUUGGGGGGAGUGAUGUUGGGUUUGCGGCUCAGGGAGCUUCCGAGUCCGAGUCGGUUUCGGGGUCGGUUUCAGAGUUUGAUUUUGGAUUUGGGGAUGCUGGGAGUGAGAGUGAGAGUAAUACUGAGGACGAACAUGUUUUUGAUCUUGAUAUUGAGGAUAUUGAGGAGUUUGAAGAACCUGACAUACACGAGCAGGCCUUGCCCCAGCUGUAUCUGCCAGAGUUGGAUAUGAACAUUACUGGGAUAGAAGGGUUAACGUUUAAAUAA